AUUAUAUCGAUAGUUUUGUUACAUAUGCGUGAGCGAGGUAAAAGAAAAGUAUUCUGGAAUAUUUGAAGAAAUGUCAGCAGAGAAAGGAUAUCGUUCAGAUUUAAAGGGUAUUUUAAAGUUUUUAUUGGCCCAUACUAAAAAUGAAGAUGCUAAGGGGACGACAUGCCAAGAAAUGGAUGUAGAGAAAAAACAGUUCCUCGAAUCAGCUUUAAAUACUGCGACUACAGAUGUAAUGGAGGAGUUUCAAAAAGCAAUAUCCAUUUUAGACGAAAAAGAAUCAACAGUUAUUGACAAAGUUAACGCUUUGCAUAUAAUCAGGGAAAGUAUUGACGACAUAGAUUUUGCAAACAGUUUCGUGAAAGCUGGCGGCUCUGUAUAUUUAAUUCAAAACCUAAAUCACACAGAUUGUGAAAUAAUAAGUUUAGCUGCCUACAUAAUUGCAGAAAUGUCACAAAAUAACCCAGUAUGUCAAAAGCAUUUUGUCGAUGCAAAAACAAUUCCAACACUUAUAAGAUAUUUAAAUCAAUCGGAUGAAGCUGCAACCAGUAGUUUACAUGCAAUAUCAUCUUUAAUACAAAAUUUUGAACCUGGUCUAGUGGAAUUUGUGAACGUAGAUGGGAUACAAAUUUUAUUAACCUGUUUGGAUGUAAACGAUGCAAAAAUGUUUGUAAGAGUUUGUUUCUUAAUCGGAAAAUUAGCAGAACGACAAGAUUUGCGAGAUGAAUUGGUAGAAAAAUCAGCGAUUAUGAGAUUGAUAAAAUGUUUACCUGUGAGUUUUGAUGGAUAUAAUAGCAGACUGGAAACUUUGCUUUAUGCACUUUCUGAACUUUCAAAAAGUAAUAAGUGGAUGAUUGAAGAAAGCCAAGGAGAAAAAUUGAAAAAACUGGCUACUAGUGUUGUUGAAAAUAUUAAGAGUGUUGAAGAAUAUGAGGAAAUCUAUCGACAUUCAUGCGCAAUUCUUCGGAAAUUGGAGACUCAUACGAAUUAAAGACAGUUCUAAUAACUUAAAUAAAUUAAUAUAUGCCUUAAUAUUUUAACUGUAAUAAUUUUAGCAAAUAAGUACAUAAUCUUAUCGUUAUAUUUUAUAUGAUACUUCCAGUGCAAACAAUAAAGUUCAAAAGCUCGUUUGCAUCUGA